AUGGUUAGUGAUGCAGAAACCCAGAUAGCUGAAAUAGACGGAAAUGAUAAAAACAUCAGUCAGAACAGGAACCUGGAUAUCUGUGUGGCUGACUGGGAUGCCAGAGCAGUGGUGAUUGUUAAUAAGGCAGGAAAACUCCGAUUUAAAUACACGGGUCAGCCUUCUACUACACAGAAACAAUUCUCUCCUCACGGUAUCGCAACAAACAGCCUAAGUCAGAUCCUGACAACAGAUGGUCACGAUGACUGUAUCCACAUCCUAGAUCGGGAUGGACAGUUCCUCCGUUACAUUGAUAACUGUGGUCUAUUCCGUCCAUGCAGUUUAAGUGUAGACACCAGUGACAACCUCUUCGUAGCUGAGGGUCAUAGUGGUAAAGUUAAGAAAAUUAAAUAUAUGUAA